AUGCUCUCCGCCUUUACAGCCCGUCCUAUAAUCGAGCUCAAACAACAAACGAAAGCUAAGAUUGAAACGAUCCUCGCUAACGGUGACCGCGUCCUCGUCGGCCUUAACAACGGCGCCCUCCGAAUCUACCGUUUGAACGAGCUUCCCGAUCAGUCUCAGAAUGGCUCUGCCGAUGCGGAUGCCAAUGCCACAACAUCCGUGUCCAGCGAGAGCAAUACUGCUCCUAAUAAGUCGACAAGCCCAACGGACUUGAUGCGAGAGGUCGAGCGCUUCUCCACACGAGCUAUCGAGCAGCUGGCAAUCAUCAAAGAUGCAAAUACGAUCGUUUCUCUGUCUAACUACCAUGUAUCAUUCCAUGAUCUGAAGACAUACGAACUCAUCGAAACUCUGAACCGAACCAAGAACGCAACGUGCUUCGCAUCGACCUCAAAUAUCGUUAAGGAUCCUGACACUGGAGUUCCUGAAAUCGUAAGCCGGCUAGCUGUUGCGGUCAAGAGGAAACUGCUGCUCUGGAGCUGGCUCGAGAGCGAGCUCUCCGAAGAUGUAGACGAAAUUGUUCUAGCUGAGUCGAUUCGAUCAGUAACAUGGGCGAGUGCGACAAAGCUGGUGUGCGGUAUGAAUGGUGGAUACGUGAUGGUCAACGUGGUCACACGUGAAAUUGAAGAUAUCGUAAGCCCUGGCUCGGGGCCAGCAGCCGGACAAACUAGCCGGUUUGGUGCGAUGAGCAGUGCCGGCAUGGGAUACAUGGGCUUGGGAGGUUAUAUGCCCAAACCAUUAUCUACCAAGCUAGCUGAAGGGGAGAUACUGCUUGCCAAAGAUAUCAACACAUUAUUCAUCGAUGACGAUGGAAAGCCCCUCGACAGAAGGCAGAUUCCUUGGCACCAUGCCCCUGAGUCUAUAGGUUACUCGUAUCCCUAUAUUCUGGCCCUGCAAGCGCCUUCAAAAGGCUCACUUGAAGUUCGAAAUCCCUCAACACUCUCAUCGCUCCAAAGCCUCUCACUACCUGGAGCGGCUCAGCUACACUUUCCAUCACCAACCUACAGCCUUGCCCACCGCGGCAAAGGUUUUCAUAUCUCGAGUGAGCGGUGUGUUUGGAAGAUGGAUGCAACAGACUACGACUCUCAAAUCCAGGAGCUUGUUGAUGGUGGUCAUUUUGACGAAGCAAUUAGCAUAUUGGAAAUGCUAGAGGAUGCUUUGCUGGAAAACAAAACUCAGACAUUGCGCGAGGUCAAAAUGCUGAAAGCUGAAAGUCUGUUCAAGAAGAAGAAAUACCGCCAGGCGAUGGAUCUCUUCAACGAGGACACUGUGCAUGCUCCUCCUGAACGAGUGCUCCAGAUGUUUCCACCCUCAAUUGCUGGAGAACUAUCUGCAUGGUCAGGGCGUGAGGAAGAGGAGAGCCAGGAAUCUGACGAAGCUCCCGAGACACCAAAGAAGACCAACGGAACACGUUCCACUACUCCUGAAGCUGCUGAGCCAACGCACGAAACUCCUCAAUCGAGCAAGGGAGGGUUUGCUAGGUAUCUUACGGGAAGCUAUAGAAGGCCCCAAGCAGAUACCGCGUCCCUUUUUUCGAAGAAAGACACGGUAGAUGGCGACGACACUGCCAGUAUAAAAGAGACUGAAUCGAACGAGGAUCUGCCUUUGAAAGACAAGGACUUGACUAACGCAGUCCUUGAACUGAACAGUUACCUUGCUGGAACACGCGCUCGGUUGCAGCGUGUUAUCGAUCCGGUCACUGGAAACUUAAAGCCUCGGAGUGAUCGAAAUGGCUCCACGGAGGAAAUAGCAGAGAACUUCCUACGCAUAGGGCUUGACGAAUCGGAAGAAAAGCUACAAGAAGAGCUGCGAAAUACGUUCCGCCUAGUUGAUACGACGUUGUUCCGAGCCUACAUGUUCUCUCGACCAACAUUAGCGAGCUCUCUGUUUCGAAUUCCUAAUUUCUGCGACCCUAACGUGGUCAACGAAAAGCUUUUGGAGCAUAAUCGCUACACUGAGCUGGUCGACUUUUUUUACGGCAAAAAGCUACACAAAGAGGCUUUGGAGCUGCUGAGGCGUUUUGGUGCUGCUGAAAAGCCAGAUGAGGCCGCGCCAGCACUUCAUGGCCCCGAGCGUACUAUCCAAUACCUUAAAACUCUGCCUCCAUCGGAGAUCGACCUCAUUCUUGAGCAUGCAGAAUGGACUCUUAAGGCUAGUCCUGAUGAUGCGCUCGAAAUUUUCACUGGCGAUACUGAGAACGCAGAAACACUACCACGGGAAAAGGUUGUGUCCUUUUUACACGAUAUCGAUACACAGUUGGAAGGACGAUAUUUGGAGCAUAUCAUUAACGAGCUGGAGGAUAUGACGCCUGAUCUUCACAACCGACUAGUGGAGCUCUACGUAGAGAACUUGACGAAAAUGGAGCAUGGCGAUGAGUGGAACGAGAUGAUGAACCGCUUUGUUGAGUUCUUGAGGCACGAGUUCCUGAGAGAACCAGUGCAGGUUUAUAGCCUCAGCAAGGCAUUCCAGCUGAUUCCUCGCGACGAACCUGCUUUCUACGAAGCACAGGCUGUAGUGUUGAGCAAGAUGGGCCAGCACAAGCAGGCACUGGAGAUUUAUGUGUUCAAGAUGAAAGACUACCAAAAAGCUGAACAGUACUGCAACCGAGUCAAUGCGACUCAAGAUACCACUUCAUCUCAACAGAAUACCAAAGACGAUGGAGAUGAUCCCGAAAAGACCACACCUUCUAUUUAUCAUACACUUCUGUCGCUCUAUCUUCAACCAUCACCACCCAACCAGCCCAACCUAGAACCAGCACUUGAUCUGCUUUCUAAGCAUGGCUCACGCCUCCCAGCAACCUCAACCCUGGGUCUUAUUCCAGACGAUCUUCCCGUUCGGUCAUUGGAGUCUUACUUUCGGGGGCGCAUUCGUUCAGCCAAUAGCCUGGUAAACGAGGCGAGAAUUGUUGCUGGUCUUCGACAAGCUGAGGGAGUCUCCAUCGCGGCGCGACUGCACCUUGGGGAUGACGUACAAGGUGGGCAAGGUGGACGCAACCGUCAUGUUGCCAUCACAGAGGAGCGACACUGCGUUGUAUGUCACAAGAAACUUGGAGGGGGUAUGCGUAUUGGUGGAAGCGUUGUGGCCGUUCUACCGGAUAACACAGUGGUGCAUUACGGCUGUUUGAAUCGAGCAACUGGGAACAAGGUAGACGCAGCUCGAGCGCCAAGUUGGGGUCGUGGUUUUUAG